AUGGCUCACAUAAGACUACUGAUAAAACUAUUCUGUAAAAAAUUUUUUCACCACAAAAAGCUCUGGAAGUUUGGUGCGGUGAUUUUUUUCUUUAUGGUGUUUUUGAUUUUAAUGCAAAGAGAAGUAAGCAUUCAAGAUUCCAAAGAUGUAUCAGGGAUUGAGAAAAACAAAAACAAGAUGUUUGAUCUCAUGUUAGAAGCUGUGAACAAUAUUAAAGAUGUGAUGCCCAAAUUGCAGAUAAAAGCCCCUGUUAGACAAGAUAAUAAUGCUGGGGAUAGACCAUGUUUGCAAGGAUAUUACACAGCGGCAGAAUUGAAGCCUUUUCUAGAUCGCCCACCUCAGGACUCCAAUGCCCCCGGUGCUUCUGGGAAACCAUUCAAGCCUGACAAUUUAAGUCCUGAAGAACAAAAGGAAAAAGAGCGUGGGGAAGCCAAACACUGUUUUAAUGCUUUUGUUAGUGACCGGAUUUCACUGCACCGAGACCUUGGACCAGACACUCGACCUCCUGAAUGUAUUGAGCAAAAAUUUAAACGCUGUCCUCCCUUGCCUACCACAAGUGUCAUAAUAAUUUUUCACAAUGAAGCAUGGUCUACUCUGCUUAGAACAGUCCACAGUGUACUCUAUUCUUCACCAGCCAUACUGCUGAAAGAAAUCAUUUUGGUAGAUGAUGCCAGUGAGGAUGAAUAUUUGCAUGAUAAGCUAGAUGAAUAUGUUAAGCAAUUUCAAAUAGUCAAAGUUGUCCGACAAAAAGAAAGACAAGGUCUGAUCAAUGCCCGGUUGCUAGGAGCAUCAGUAGCAACUGCUGAAACACUCACCUUUUUAGAUUCCCACUGUGAGUGUUUUUAUGGUUGGUUAGAGCCUUUGUUGUCAAGAAUAGCUGAGAACUACACGGCAGUUGUAAGUCCGGAUAUCGCGUCGAUAGAUCUUAAUACUUUUGAAUUCAGCAAACCUUCUCCUUAUGGACAUAACCACAACCGGGGAAACUUUGACUGGAGUUUAUCAUUUGGCUGGGAAUCUCUUCCUGAUCAUGAAAAGCAAAGAAGAAAAGAUGAAACCUAUCCAAUUAGAACACCCACUUUUGCGGGAGGUCUUUUUUCUAUAUCAAAACAAUAUUUUGAAUACAUUGGAACUUAUGAUGAAGAAAUGAAAAUCUGGGGAGGAGAAAAUAUAGAAAUGUCUUUCAGAGUAUGGCAAUGUGGUGGGCAGUUGGAGAUUAUGCCUUGCUCUGUUGUUGGACAUGUUUUUCGCAGCAAAAGCCCUCAUUCGUUUCCAAAAGGUACUCAGGUGAUUGCUCGUAACCAAGUUCGUCUUGCAGAAGUCUGGAUGGAUGAAUUUAAAGAUAUAUUUUAUCGAAGAAAUACAGAAGCAGCAAAAAUUUUUAAACAGAAAACCUUUGGAGAUAUUUCAAAAAGACUUGAAAUAAAACACCGUCUCCAAUGUAAAAAUUUUACUUGGUAUUUAAACCAUGUUUAUCCAGAAAUAUAUGUGCCAGAUCUUAACCCUGUAAUAUCUGGAUAUAUACAAAAUAAAGGCCGCCGUUCAUGCUUGGAUGUUGGAGAAAACAACCAAGGAGGCAAACCACUAAUUAUGUAUACAUGUCACGGUCUUGGGGGAAACCAGUAUUUUGAAUACUCUGCACAGCAUGAAAUUAGGCAUAGCAUCCAGCAGGAGUUAUGUCUUCAUGCUGUUCAAGGCCCGGUUCAGUUGAAGGCAUGUAGCUACAAAGGUCACAAAACACUUACCAUUGAUGAACAGAAAUGGGAGAUUCGAAAGGAUCAACUACUAUACAAUCCAUCAAUAAACAUGUGUCUUACGGGAAAUGGAGAGCAUCCAAGCUUGGUGCCAUGCAAUCCAUCAGAUGUAUUUCAGCAGUGGGAUUUUGUCCAUCAGGAUUAAGUGUUACUUAGAAUUAGGGAAUUUAAAAAGGAGAUAUACUUAUAAAACUGUGACUAGGCAUACACUGUAGUUUUGGAAAAUUAUGCAAAAGCAGCUAAUUGUAACUUAUUCCAAGUGCAUUUUUCCUUAUUUAUAUCUUUAAAUGUGCAAGUGGCAUCACUGCUACAGAAAUCCCUUUAGGUUCUGUUUUAAAGCACAAUAAUAACUAGUUAUACCAAAGACUAUUUUUUGAGAUGUCCAGGUUUAGGGAAAAGAUGUUUACAGUAUGCUGAAACUUAAUUUGCAGAAUAAGGUGGUGUUUGUGUGUCAUAUCCUUAAACAGAGUUGCAUACAGAUAUAUGCACACUCACAACUUAAAGAUAUUAUAUUUCCCCAAGUUUCUGGGGAGGUAGUAUAGAUUUGAUAUGGUAUUUUUUUAAUGACUAGAAACUGAUCAAUGAAGGUCAAGUAUUGAUCUUUAUAUAUGGUGUGUAAACCAGAAAAUUUUAUAGGUCUAGGAUUUAUAUUUUUAUUUAAAAAUACAGGUAAUUGAUUUUUGCCUUCAAUACACUUGUCUGGCAAGUGUUUCCUUAAACAUGAUAUUAAAUGAAUAAGGUGGUAGAGGAAUAUUUUUAGCAUUUCAAUCUUGGCAGAUUUUUAACACUACCGUUUUCAAGCCCAUUGCCCAUUCCUCUUGAAGCACUUAUAUCUUCCUUCAAUGACCUUUCUUAAAUAACCU